AUCAGUGCAAAUUGUGAUUUUUGCAUUCUGGUAUUAAACUCGUGGUUUAAAUGAAAAAUUCAUUCCCAGGCGGGAGUUUCCAGCACAUUCCUAAGGAAAUGAUUUCUGGGCUGCUGCUAUGUAGAAUUAAAUGGUAGGGUGGGGGUUUGGGGUUUAGGGUUUCUGGACUAGGGUUUAGGGGUUCCCGCGUAGCGGCAGCGAGUUAUUCAACAUGCAUGUGGGUGUUUGUGCUUGGGAAAUCACAGGGUGAUGUGUCGUACACCCUGGUACACUGUGCAUUCUCAUCCCGGUUGGAUUCUGCUGAUCAUUAAUUUUCUAUGGGACUGAGAUUUGCGGUCAAUCAACUUGCAGUUGGCUGACCAAAUUUGCUGCAGAAACCCAGCUUGUGUUCUCGUUUGAACUUGUGCAUAGUUUAAUUGCUUUACCGCAGCAUGCUUUCGCAAGAUUAUUAGGGCAGCUUACAAGGGCUGCAGCUGCCGCGCUGUGCCCACUGGCAUCAGCGCAUAUAUUAUAUAAUAUUCCUUUUGAAAUUUGAACGCGGACUUUAUAUCUAGCUGGGAAUUAUUUUGGGGAGUCGGCCGAGCACCAUGCAAUCGGGUGUAGCUGCUGCAUGGUUGCAGGAAAUCAGAUGGCUUUUGGUGUCGCAAACCAAGCUUUAAAAUGGACUUCAAACGCGUUAGUUGUUGACUUAUUGGGCACAGCACGAUGGCUGGUACUGGUCUAUUCAUGGGUGUACUUUGAUACUGAAGCCGUGAUUGAAAGCAACCUUAGUGACUGCACAUGCAGCAUUGCAGUCUAUGUAGUACUCUAUGUAUAUAGCAUGUGGGGCGCGGUGCAGGAACAUUUGUAAGACUUGAUAUUAUUAC